AAUCCCACAAAAACAAAAUGAGGUGUUUAUUUCAGGUACUAGGAAUCCUCUUAUGUUUCAUACAAAUCACAAUUGCAUCAAUACUUCCUCCACGGCUAGUUAAGCCAGGUUGUAAGCCGAGUUGUUGAAAGGUGAACAUUCCGUACCCUUUUGGCAUCGGUAUCGGUCGAAACUGCUAUCACAACCCUUGGUUUGAGAUGGAAUGCUCUAAAAAGCCUCCUUAUAAGUUGUAUUUGAAGGGACUACGCAAUUCUACAAAAUCUCUCGAAACCAAUAAGCCCAAUUUCUUUGCCUUUGAAAACAUGAUCCCACAUCAGUAGUCCGAAUAAAUUGGAAUCCUAUGAAAGGUGUGCAAACUCUUGUUUUAGAAACUUUUCAAACACAAGUGUGUGGAAAUGAAGCCAGAUACACUACAGGGUACUCGCAAAACUUGACCGCGAGUCCAUAUCUUUUCUCGAAAGAUAAUAAUGUUUUAGUUGUGUCCGGUUGUGGAGGUGGGGUGCAAUUAAAAGAUAAGAAUGGUGAAACUGUUUCAGGAUGUGCAACCAUUUGUACUAAGGGCACAGUUCCUGGGAUUAACUGUUAUGGAGAAGGCUGCUGUCAAAUGACGAUUCCAUAUUCUCUCGAGUAUUAUCGCUAUGAGUUUGUAACGAUGCACACAGUUCGUGCAGGCCUUACUAACAACGAUUACAGUUCAUGUGCUUUUGGGGUGUUGGUGGACAGUACUUGGAUCGUUAACAGGAAUAUCAGUAAGAUCAAUGAGAAUGAAGAUUCAGUUCCAGUUGUACUCGAGUGGAGUAUUAAAGAUUUGCCCAUCAACUCACCGAGUUAUGCUAAUUCGAGUUGUGUUAAUAAGACUGAAAGUGUUUAUGAGGCCGGUGGUUUGGUUUGUCGAUGUAAACAUGAUUAUUUCGAAGGCAAUCCUUAUCUUCCUUACGGCUGUCAAGUUGUCAAAGAAUGCGAGAAGUGUGUAGAAGACUGUAUGUAUUUUGAUACAAAUCAUACUUAUGGCUGUCCGCAAAAACAGAAACAUUUUACAGAAACAGAAACAACAAGGGCUUUUGCACUAGGGCUAGAUAUAAUGAUGCUACUGGUGCUUGCACUGUUUGGAGCAUUCGGUAUGUAUCACAUGAUUCAAAGAAGAAGAAACAAUCGACUCAAAGCCAAAUACUUUGAACGAAAUGGUGGUCUUAUCUUAAUGCAAGAAAUGUGUUCUGAAGAUACAAGUAAUGUGGAGAGAACCAGACUUUUUACUUCAGAUGAAUUUGACAAAGCAACAGACUCAUAUAAUAAAGAUCGAAUACUAGGCGAAGGAGGACAAGGAACUGUUUAUAAAGGCAUGCUUAGCGAUGGUAAGAUUAUAGCAAUUAAGAAGUCGAAGAUUAUAGAUGGAUGUCAAUUGAAAAUCUUCAUCAAUGAGAAGGUGGUUUUAUCUCAAAUCAACCACAGAAAUGUUGUUAAGCUACUAGGAUGUUGCUUGGAAACACAAGUUCCUAUGUUGGUUUACGAAUAUGUAUCGAAUGGAACUCUAUCGGAUCUCCUGCACGCACCAAGAGACGACUUUCCAAUCACUUGGGAAAUGCGUUUACAGAUAGCCACAGACAUAGCAAACGCGCUAGCAUACUUACACUCGUCAUAUUUGAUACCUAUAUUUCACAGAGACAUUAAGUCUUCCAAUAUCCUGUUAGAUAGCAGAUAUAGAGCUAAAUUAUCUGAUUUUGGGAUAUCGAAACCACUAAGUAUUGAUCAAACCCAUAUCACAACUCGGGUUGUUGGUACAUUUGGGUAUUUAGAUCCGGAAUAUUUUCAGUCUAACCAAUUCACUGACAAGAGUGAUGUUUAUAGUUUUGGAAUUGUACUUGACGAGCUUUUAACAGGGCAAAAGGCAGUUUGCUCGAUUGACAAGGAUGAAGGAAGAAGUCUUGUGACUUGGUUUUUGACACAUAUGGAAAAUGAUUCUCUUUUCGACAUAUUAGAUGGUCGAGUGGCGAGGGAGGGAGGAGGCGAAGAGAUUGAAGGUGUAGCUCACCUUGCAAAAAGAUGUUUGAAGAUGGAUGGAAGACGAAGACCAAGUAUGAAAGAAGUUGCUGCCAAACUAGAGACUAUAAGAUCAUCUAUGCAGCAAAAAUUUACCAGAAAUGGAUCAAUAUUAUCUAUUCAUGAGUAUGAUGCAUCACUAUGUUCUUCAACUGAUAUAACUUCGAAAGUUUAAUCAACAGAAAAUGAAUAUAAGAUCAUCACUUUGAGGAAGUUUAUAAAUCCUACUUACGAUUGUAAAUUCAGAAGUCUUGGGAAAAAAAUACCAUUUGUUUUUUUUAUUUGUGCAGAAUUCUGUUUUAAAAUAUAGAUCUUAUUAGACCGUGACAAUUCGUCACAUAAUCUCACUAUGGUCCACUCGUAUGGCCACGAGACACCCGUGGGCUCAAGCCCACAAACACAUGGGUCAAGAGUGUUGACUUGCACAUACACUUCAUACACUUGGUGAGGUUCAUUGUUUCCCAAAACCAUAUGGUUGUAGGAGAAUUAGCUUACUCAAUAUAUAUGCAAGUCUAUAAACCACUAUUUUAUCGAUAUGAGAUCUUAUUUCACAUGUGAAGAAUUUCCAACAAAUCUUGACUAGC